GGGAGCAGCCAGGGAGGCCCGGCUAAACAAGAGGCACUUCCGGGUGCUGCCAUGGCGUCGCGAGGAGCCGCGGGGCCCUCGCUGCCGGCGCAGCCCGACCGAGCGGAGCCCUGCGGGGACUUCGGGCCGGUUGUAGGGCCAGCAUUGCCACCAGACUACUAUAGUAGUUCUGAAAUACAUGGUUGUGACAAAAAAUGCACUUCUCCUAAUGCACCUGGAGGAACAGUUUGGGAUUCUGAAGAUGACAAAGAUUCAAGUCCAACGCCCAGAAAACACAGACGCUAUCAGGAAGAUGACGAUGAUGGAUUCUUUGGACCUGCUCUUCCUCCUGGCUUUAAAAAACCAGAUGAAUCCCCAGAAAGGCCUGUUAUAGGUCCUGCCUUACCACCUGGCUUUAAGAAACCAUCAGAAGCUGCUGAAGAAAACAUAUAUUAUGCAACCCAGACUACAGAUAGCAGCGAAGAGGAGGAAGACAUGAUUGGCCCAAUGCCUGCCAAAGGACCAGUAGAAUCCAACACAGCUAGAGAGAUUGAAUGUCGAGCUCAGAGAAUGAAAGAUAAACUUCUCGGCAAAGAUGAUGGACCCAAACAAGCUAAAAGAGAAUCUUGGAUGACGGAUCUACCACCAGAACUCAAAAGCUUUGGACUCGGUCCACGGACAUUCAAAAGAAGAGCUGAUGACAAAUCAGGAGAUAGAUCCAUUUGGACUGAUACCCCAGCCGACAGAGAAAAGAAAGCCCAGGAAGCGCCAGAUGCGAAAAAGUCCAUCAGUAAGGAUGAUGCAGAAGUUCUCCUGUCCGAGAAAGAUAAAAGACUGGUUGAGCAGUUGUCUUCAUACAAUGACGCUCAGAGAUCUGAAUCUCUCAUGGAUUUGCAUCAGAAAAAACUGAAGAGCAAAGCUUCCGAGGAGAAGAAGCCGCAGGAGAGGCGACCAUUUGACCGGGACCAAGAUCUCCAGGUCCAUCGCUUUGAUGAAGCACAAAAAAGAGCUCUCCUAAAGAAAUCUAGAGACUUGGGCACUAGGUUUUCCCAUGGCAAAUGCAAUAUGUUUCUGUAAUGUAAGCAGGCAAUGAUAGUGAAGUAUAGUUGUGUGCUAUUUAAAAACAUCAUGUAGUAGUACUAUAUAAUAAAACAUCUUUUUUGUAUAUACAAUAAAUGUAUAAAAAGCUUUUUAAAAAUAGGUCAGAGUUUUAUAGGUUGUUCAGGACCCCUUGGGUUUUUUUCAAAACGUUAUUGAAAUUAAUAGGCCUAUUAUGAUCAAUCAGGUUUUAAAUAGUCAUAUGCACUCUCCUAUAUGGAUUUCGAGGAAAGUAAUUGGCUCAGAUUCCUCAUUUGUUUAUGGAGCCAUUCAGGUUUAAUUAACAGAAAUAUGUCAUAUUUCAGAAUUUGAAGUUUGGGCCUGAUAAUGAGAAAUGGAAAUGGGCAGAUAAUGUGAAUAUUGCCAUAAUUACUUACGUGUAUAUUUGACAGGAGGGUAAGUAAAGCAUUCUGUCUUUCUGUACCCAAAAA